AUGAAACAAUUCGAAGAUUGUGGUAAAAAAUUUGAAGAUCUAUUCAUCAAAUGUUUUUAUUAUCAUGGCUUAUUGGUAGGCCGUUAUCCGGAACGAUUUCUUAUCGGUUCAUUACUAUUAACAAUAAUUGGUAUGACAGGAUUACCAAUGCUACGAAUUAAUUUAGAUCUUUAUAAAUUAUUUGUUCCGGUAGAUGCACCGGUACGACAAGAAUUUGAAAGAUCAGCAAUUUUUGCUAAAAUGCCGCUAGGCAUUUUAGAUUAUAUGCAUACAAAUGGGAUUAAACAACAAACAAACAUUAUCAGUGAUUCUAUUCAUAUUGAUGUUAUUCGAUUUUAUGUAAUUCAUGAAGAAAAUUCAAAUUUAUUAGAAUCACGUACGUUACGUAGAAUUUAUCGUUAUACCAAUGAAAUUAUGAAUGUUACUAUAGAAUACAACGGUAAAAUCUAUCGAUUUGAGGAUUUUUGUCAAAAAGAUCGUGAAGCAAAUAAAUGUGCAAAUGAGUUAAAUGUUUGGUUAAAGCAUGCUGAAAUACUUUUUCAAGAUGGUAAAAUGAAUUCUAAUCCAAAUUUGCAACUUUCAUAUCCAGUUAUGUAUUUAUUUAGUCGACCGAAAGAUAUUGGACAGGUAAUUUAUGGAGUAAAUGUAACUGGUCGAAAGCAUGAAAUAAGUAGUGCUAAAGUGGUCACUGUCCAUUGGUUAAUCAAUUUUCAGAGUACAUCUGAAAAAGAGAAAGCAUUCACAGUUUUUCGUAAAGAGUUAGAUAAUUUUUGGCUGUCAAAAAAGAAUGAAUCAAAGCUUAAAUUUAUUCCACACAACGAUAAAGCAAUGAAUGAUGAAAUGCUUUUAAUUAUCGAAGCAGCGUUACCAUUUGCAGUAAUUGUUUCGUUGCAAUUAAUGCUUUUCGUUAUACUUUCAAAUUAUUCCAAAGAUAUUACCAAAUCAAAACCGUUGGAAGGUUAUUUGGCAGUAAUAUCAGUUAUUCUAUCAUUAAUUUGCACCUUUGGAUUACUCUUUCAUCUUGGAAUGUCUUUCAAUCCGGUUUCCUGUACAAUGCCAUUUUUGGUCCUUGCUGUUGGUGUUGAUGAUGCAUUCCUGAUGUUAGGCGCUUGGCGUACAACAGAUCGACAUUUACCGAUCGAAAAACGUAUGGCAAUGACAAUGAGUGAUGCCGGAUUAUCAAUUACUGUAACAUCGGUUACUGAUUUCGGUUGUUUUGCUCUUGGUUAUUUCUUCUGUCCAAUACCGGCUGUUUCGAAUUUUUGUUUAUUAAUGGCUAUCGGUAUUAUGAUGGAUUAUUUCUUUCAAAUUACAUUCUAUGCAUCAAUUAUGGUUUACGGUGGUCGAAAAGAAUCACAUGGUGGACUAAUAUCAUGUUGCUAUAAAUUUAAAUCAAUAGAAAAUGCAACAAAUAAUCACAACAUUCAACAACCACUUAUUCAUCAAUGGUUUGGUGAUAUUUAUGCGCCAUUUAUAUUGCGUAAAGAAGUUCGAAUUAUCUCUUUAAUUGUUUUCCUUCUUUAUGCAUCAUUGACCUUUUAUGGUUGUAUAUCAAUUGCGGUUGAUAUAAGUCCUAGAAAAUAUAUUCGUGAUGAUUCACCAAUUCAACCAUUUAUUAAUCUUGCCGAUAAAUAUAUUUGGGCGGAUAAUGUAAUGCCGAUAUUUUACGUAAUGAAUCCACCGGAUUUUCGUACGGUAGAAGCACGAACUCGAAUAAACGAACUGAUUUAUCGUCUUGAACAUACAGCUUAUAGUAUUGGAAGAGUAUCCACUAAUUUUUGGCUUUGGGAAUAUCAACGAUUUUUAAAUGACUUUCCAGAUAUUAAUUAUGAUAAAAAUUUCUAUGAAAGGAAAUAUUUGAUUGAUUUUUUUGAUCAAACUGAUAAUCAACAAUAUAAAGCUUUUAUAAGAAUGAAAAGCAAUGUAACAGAUGGAGAGCCAUGUAUUGCAGCUUUUGCUUUUCAAACUAGUUUUUAUGGACUUGAUUCAUGGGAUAAGCGACAUAAUGAAUUACAUCGAUGGCGUGCAAUGAUCGCCGAAUAUCCUGAUUUUGAUGUUUUUUUGUCUGGAAUUUUUUCACCAUUUCUAAUUGAUCAACGACGAAGUAUAGCACCAUCUUCUAUGCAAUCAAUUGGAUCAGCAAUUUCUGUUAUGGCAAUUUUAUCUGUUUUCUUCCUUCCUGAUAAGCAAUCGGUAUUUUUUAUGACUUGGAGUUUGCUAUCAAUUUCAAUGGGCGUUUGUGGUGGUUUAUCACUUUUGGGUAGUGAUUUAGAUUCUGUUUCGAUGGGAUGUGUUGUUAUGGCUAUCGGAUUAGCGGUUGAUUUUUCCAUACAUAUUUGCUAUAGGUAUCAUCGAUCAUCACAACAAACUGCACAUCAAAAGGUACGAGAAUCAUUAAUGAUAGUUGGUUGGCCAGUAUUACAAGCUGGUUUUUCCACAAUAUUCUCAAUGAUAACAUUACCAUUGAUACCAGCCUAUCUGGUACGUGUCUUCUUUCAAACGGUACAACUUGUUAAUGUGAUCGGAUUAACUCAUGCUCUUUUAUGGUUACCACAAUUGAUAUCAAUGUUAGAUCCAUGUGAACGAAUACCGCUAAGGUACCGAUAUCCGUUAAAGGAUUAUGAACCGCUGCCGUCUUGA